GCGCACUCCUGGACUAAGAUGGCGGCGGCGGCCCGGCGGGUCUGGGGAGCUGCGGCUGCUGCCGCGGGGCUGCGCGGUCGGUUCCAUCAUAUGAUGAUAAAUCCAUACACUGUUAAGAAACAGCCUUUGCAUCAGUUUGUUCGAAAAUCUCUUUCCCCACUACCUACAGCCUUGUGUAAUAACACAGUGAGAUACAUGUUCAUUCAAACACAAGAUACCCCAAAUCCCAACAGUUUAAAGUUUAUACCAGGAAAGCCAGUUCUUGAGACAAGGACCAUGGAUUUUCCUACGCCAGCUUCAGCGUUUUGCUCCCCUCUGGCUAGGCAGUUGUUUCGAAUCGAAGGAGUAAAAAGUGUGUUCUUUGGGCCAGAUUUCAUCACUGUUACAAAGGAUAAUGAAGAGUUAGACUGGAAUUUACUGAAACCAGAUAUUUAUGCAACUAUCAUGGAUUUCUUUGCAUCUGGCUUACCCCUGGUUACUGAAGAAACGUCCUCGGGAGAAGCAGGGUCAGAAGAAGAUGAUGAAGUUGUGGCAAUGAUUAAAGAAUUAUUAGAUACUAGAAUACGGCCGACUGUGCAGGAAGAUGGCGGAGAUGUGAUCUUCAAAGGCUUUGAAGAUGGCAUUGUACAGCUCAAACUCCAAGGCUCUUGUACUAACUGCCCCAGCUCUAUCAUUACUUUGAAGAAUGGAAUUCAGAACAUGCUGCAGUUUUAUAUUCCAGAAGUGGAAGGUGUAGAACAGGUUAUGGAUGAUGAAUCAGAUGAAAAAGAAGCAAAUUCAUCUUAAAAGAAUCUGGAUUUUCUUUGGGCACAACAGCUGGACUUACAAUAUAGAAAAAGCUUUUAUUAUUAAUGUGCGAAGGAACUUGAGGAUGAAUAAAACAUGUCCUUUCUUCAGAGAAUGAUUAUACAAGUACUGCAUGUUUGCUUUUCCUCACAUGAGUUAUUUAUAACAUCCUGAAUCAUCUUCUGCACACGUGGACUUCAUCCAGGGAUCAUUUUAUUUUUGGUCCUCAUUUCUCAUGGUUUCUUCUUUGCAUAAUGUGUGAAACAGUUUAUAAUUUACUUUUUAAAUACAGAAUAAGGAGAAUGUUCUUUAAACAUU